GAUGGCGGAGCUGUGAGCGGUGUGUGAGCUGAGCAUCUCCACCAGAGGCGGCGAGCAGGACGCAGGCGGGAGGACGAGGACGCCGCCGAGGACAGGAGCUCCAUCCAUGAUCUGAGGCGCAGCAGGACGGAGACACGCCAGCCCCAGCAGAGGUCGUCCUGCGGAUGGACCUGCCGUCAGAGAGCACCAUGAGCUCUGAGGGGGGCGAAGGCAGACCAGUGCCUCCCACCUCGCUGCCUCUGCAGGGAGGGGGCACCCAGAGGAAGAAGCUGUCGGCGCCUCGCAUCAGCCUGUCACUGGACCAGAGCGAGGACGACUUGGGGGAGACGCCCGAUGACCUGGACAUCAAUGUGGACGACCUGGACACCCCCGAGGAGGGGGAUUACCUGGACUACACCGACCACGAGACGGACUGGGAAGACCCGGCGGCGGCCAGCAGGAGCGGGCCCGGCGAGGCCUACACCAUCCCCACCUACAGCGCCGAGGAGGAGCGGCAGGACGGCAAGCUGUGGAGGGCGGUGAUCAUCGGCGAGCAGGAGCACCGCAUCAACAUGCAGAUCAUCCAGCCCUACAUGAGGGUCAUCUCCCACGGGGGUUACUAUGGAAACGGUGUCAACGCCAUCAUAGUGUUUGCGGCCUGUUUUCUGCCAGACAGCGACCGGGAGGACUACCAUGAAAUCAUGGAGAACCUCUUUCUGUACGUGAUCAGCACGCUGGAGCUGAUGGUGGCCGAGGACUACAUGAUCGUGUACCUGAACGGAGCCACGCCUCACCGCAGGAUGCCGGGCCUGGGCUGGCUGAAGAAGUGCUACCAGAUGAUCGACAGGAGGCUCAGGAAGAACUUGAAGUCCUUCAUCAUUCUGCACCCGUCGUGGUUCAUCAGGACCAUCCUGGCCAUCACCAAGCCCUUCAUCAGCGCCAAGUUCAGCAGUAAGAUAAAGUACGUGAACAGUCUGGACGAGCUGGAGCAGCUCAUCCCCAUGGACAGCAUCCAGAUCCCCGAGUGCAUCCAGAGACUGGACCGGGAGCUGAAGGAGGCGGCAGAGAACUCAAAAAUGAAUAGUUUCCUGCAGGGUGCGGAGCCGGCGGCAGCGGUGGCGGCGGCGACCAGCAGAACAGACAGACCGAACGGCGCCGGCGCCAGCGCCAGCAGCUCCUAGAGCCAAGCACUGUCCUCCUGAGGGCUCAUCUGGAGGCCGGACACCGUUGUAGCUGGUGUGUGUGUGUGUGUGUGUGUGGGUGUGGGUGUGUGUGUGUGUGUGUGUGGGUGGGGGGUCCUGCUGUGGCGAUCACAGGUCUGUGGUCACCUGAUGCUCAGCAGCAUCCUUCAUUCUAGGAUAGAAACCAACAGUUACACAGCAGUGACUGCAAACCCCCGGCUGUAGUCCCAGUGUUGUAGCGGUGUGCAUGAGAAGCAGUCAAGCAAUAACCUCACCUCUUCUCCUGAUGACACUGAGUUCACAUCACCGACGAGCAGCACAAGAUGAGGCCAAAAACCCACCAAGCAAGCCCUCGUGCCAUACAUGAUCAACUGACUAUUCUCUAACUGCAGCGGUGUGUUUGUGUGUGUGUGUGUGUGUGUGUGUGUGUGUGUGUGUGUGUGUGUGUGUGUGUGUGUGUGUGUGUUUGUGCGUGUGUGUGUGUGUCUGUGUGUGUGUGUGUACUUGAAGUUCAGCUGGAUGAUCAGGACUAAACCUCACAUGGGAACAAUGAUGGGAUCUCUGUAAAGCACAACAUCAUAUCUGUGUGUGUGUGUGUGUGUG